AUGCCCAAAGUCACCUUAGAACGCCACAAGCCAGUGUUAGGCAUUGCGAAAAAAAACUCAAUUGCAAAACAUCGUGUUGCCAAAACCAAGCAAAUAAAGAUAGCCAAUACCUCAUGGAUCAUGUUGCAUCAAACGACCCAACGCAUAUACUCCCAGUUGCCAUUCACAUGUUACACGUGGGAUCUUGCACGGGUCUAUAGAUCCGUCUCCGGCAAACCGUGCCUGCGAGAGUGGGUGCCGGGUGCCAAGGGACGGGCAGGCACUGAAGACACACUUCUCAGGACAAUCCCCGCCGCCGCAAGCGCCUCGCUGCCUCCAUCAACAACCCCGCCGCGACAAAACAAGGAAGGCCGCGAAUCUCUCAUUGGGGAACGAGGCGCACUUUCGGCGGCGGCGAGACCCGAUAGCGCGCUCGAGGCUCUCUUCGCUGAGGCCCUGUUUAAUUCCCUGUACGUAGAUUAUGUUAAAGUUAAUUACUUUACAUGUGUCUGCAGAGAAUCCGUGGUUAGCUCCCGCUUCUCUCUUGGGUCCCGUGAUCGAGCCUACACCUCAGACGCAGCUAUACAGGUAGAUCUGGCUGGUGACGUCAUCACGUAUGAUUCCGACGAAGACGACUCGGAGGUCGCGGCCACACCCACUAGGAUGUCAGGGCGGAGACGCGCGGGCGGCGGCGGAGGUGCGGGCGGCGCUGGAGGCGACGCGGGCGGCGGAGGCGGUUCUGUGGGCGUGACGAGGAACAAGCGCGGGACGCCCAUGUACUCUCGCGAGGAUAUCAGGGAGCAGUAUUGCAUCAAUGACAAGGAGCUGCACGCGCUGGAGGCGUCGCGGAGGAAGCCCAUCUUCGGAUGCCUAACCUCAGGCAACACUCAGGUGUCUCCGUGCAAAAAGAAGAGUCUUCUGCCUGCCUGCCUCCGCGGGCGCGUCCCCUCGGACGAGAAUGUGUACACCAAGACCAGCAGUGCCGCCCCCUCCGCCCACGCCUCGCCCGCCCACCGCAAGCACCAGCACGAACACGACCAGAUCGACUACGAGGACGACAGCUACUUCAAGCGCCGCCCGAAGACCAUCUGCUACACCGACCCCAAGCGCCUCGCCUCCUUCGACGACUCGCUGGCCAGGAGUAGUCGUGUGUCUCGCCCGCGGUCUGAGGUUGGCAGCGCAACGUACGACAGUUACCACGCCGAUGAUGUCGAGAGCGACGCUGCCAGACGGCCGACUCAGCUAGCCAUCACGUCCGGAGAUCAUCAUUCGACGGAGUUCUACCAUGGAGACUCGCACAAAGAGGGCUACCCCCUGACCCGGAGCGCCUUCACGCAGCCGAACACGCCCGACCUCAGCCGCCACUCGUCGCGCCACAGGCAGGUCACAACCCCUGCGCUCUUUCCUCUAGAGGACCGACCCCAAAAACAUGUCAGCUUCCAGAAGGCGAUGAGCCGAUCCGCGACUGUGGCAGUCCUGGAGGAGCAGGUCAUGUCGCGGCAGGACAGCGGCCGCGCCAGCGUCAAGUCGGGCGGAUCGCGCAGCCACGAGCGGCUCCUCGACGGCCGCAGGACGCCGGACUACAUGGAGCAGCGGGCGCUCGACCAGCUCCUGGCGCCGGUGCUGACGAAGGCGCUGCUGCAGGAGAAGUUGAAGCGCUCGAGCAUGCGGACGCAGGCCACGCAGACCGACGCCGGCGCGGGGAGGAAGUCGCUGCCCACGCUGGCGCUGAGUCCCCGCAGCGAAAAGGCUGAGAUGGUGUCCCAAGGCGCGCAGACCAACGGCAACGGCGUCCGCCGGAAGCUGAUCAAGAGCUUCUCGGAGGCGGCGCACUACGAAGGUCUUGAGUACGAGAUCUACGACCUUGACGACUUUAUCGAGCCUCCCCUGCCCUCCAGAGCCGCGUCGGAGGGGCCUCCGCCUUGCCCUCCGAGGUUUUCCCCUUACGACGAGAUUCCCCUCGAGGACGGCCCGGCGCCGCCUCCGCCGCUCAAGUUCCGACAGAAUUACCACGAGAUCUUCAUUGAUUCGUCGCCGAGGAAGCCGCGCCGGAGACUGCAGAAGACGCUGUCGGAGGGCGAGAUUCUUUCCGAGCGGCGGAGGGCCCUAAGCAUGGCCUCGGGCUACCUGGAGGUGGACAUCAAUGGCUUUAGUGGUAACGAGGAAGAGGUUAUUGAACCCCAGUGUGUCGACGAAUGUUCCCGCGAUCUCUCUCGCAGCAGAAUCUUCAGUCAUCCUUCGCUCCUGGAGGAAGAGGAAGAGGAAUUCCACGAGAAUAUGUUCCACAAGGAGAUCCUACCAACCUCCCUCUCCCCUGAGAGGAAGAUGUCCCAAGUGUCCACCGACUCCGACCUAAAGACCUUUGACCCCAAUGAGUUCCGGACGGAGGAGCACCUCCUGAGUCAGCUGGCCGCUCUGUCCUCCGACUCCCUUGGGGAGAGUGGAACCUCCAUGUUUGAGAGUGGUGGCAUCCCCGAGGGCCUGCUCAUGAGGGAAGGCUCGCCCUUACCCUUUACUGGCACCUCCAAUGACCUUGUGAGUCCAGUUGAGUUCGGUGACCACUUUGAGGAGUCCAUGAGCGAAAGUCAGGUUACGGUGGUCCAGCGGGCCUUGGCAGCCUCGUCACAGGUCAUCACUUCGGAUUCGGAGAACGGAAGCUUCCAUCUGACUGACCACUCCUCUGCAGCCACCACGCCCUCCACUCGCCACAAGAGCCUCCCUGCUUCCGGCAGCUUCGAGGAGGACAUGGACGAUGAGCUCCCUCGGCUGCGCAUGUCAGGCAAGGUCCACAGCAUUACCACUCUUUCAUCUAUUGAGGACGAGCCAACAAGCAUCAGUGAAAACGUCAUAUCAGAGGGUUCCCAUGACGUGGUCUCCACUAGCACCACAUCAAGUGAAGUGGACAAGGCCAUUGCCAGCUCCACUGACAGUGACUUCACUUCCAUCCGAAGUGGAGACUCCAUGACAAUAAAGUCGGAGGCGUUGGAGGAAGGCGAAUUUGAAGGAGACAUUGUGAUCGAAGAGAAUAUAAUGGCGCGCUUAGUACAGGGAAUGAGAGCUGGGGAUAUUCCACACCAAUUCAUUAUCAAAUCCUCGGAUUUUCGAGAUGAUCUGAGGAAGCUUGCAUCACCCGAGUCAGAUUCCUCCAGCAGUCAUUUCACUGAACAAGAAACGUCAAGGAGCCCGGUAUCAGGCACAACCAAUACUAUUACCUCCAAGUCUGACCUGUCACGCACAGACUCGCACCAGACAGAUCAGUCAGAAACCUCCGAAGACUACAUUACUGCCACAGAAAACAGCAUGAAUGGCCAGGAAGCUCGAAGGAGCUAUUACUAUGAGGAAAGGCAUGUGUCCUCUCCUCCAGAGAUGGAUGACAUCUAUGAGGAUGAAGCUUUAACGCCCAAAAUACUUAGCCCUGAAGCCAGCGAGGUGUUAGGAGAUCUACUUGAGACACAAGAAAUUAGUGAUAUCACUGAAGGCCUAAGUGUUACUAGUGACUUUGAGACGGCUCAGGACCUCACAUCUCCUGAUGGCGACACCACCACCUCAGCCAGCUAUUAUAUUGAGCAUUCUAUAGGUGAAGAAUCAGAAAAGAUCUUCCCUGAAGUCAAAACGAAGCCAGAGGUACCUCCAAAGCCAUCAUUUUUACCUAAACCAGAAAUACCACCAAAACCUGAGAGGCUCUCUCCAGCGCGAGAGACCUCUGCUCAGGCAGAAGAGCCAGACGAAGAGACUCCUCAAGAUGAAACACCUCCACAAUUUCCAGAAAUUCAAGUCGAAAUCACAGUGAAAAGGAGAGAAAAGCCUGUUGAGGAGAGCAAGACAGGAGCAAUCAAAAAGAGAUACUCUGGUGGUGGUAAAGUAGCUAAGGACGACAAUAGAAGAUAUUCAAAGUAUUUUGAAGAUAAUGAGCAAGGGGAGUUGUCAGAAGUAAAGGGACAGAACCAGCAAUCUUGGUCAGAAGAAGAGAGAGAAAAGGCAAAACAGACAAUGAAACUGGACUUUCCUCCAGGUGUUACAAUGUUUGGAGAGGCUCCAAACUGGCCUGUGCCUGACAACCUCAAGACUGGGGAAGUAGAAAAGAAACUAAAAGUGUUUGAUAAACCCAAGAAGUCUGUAAAAAUCGACCUUGCCAGUGUUGAAGACCUCCAAGCCAAGGUGAAACCCGAAAGUCCUCAGGCAAAAGAUAAAGUAAGUGAAACAAAACAAGUUCCUGCAAAAUAUGACAAAGCUAAACGUAAAUCUGAUGAAGCUACUCCACAAGGAAUGGUAAGGAGUCCUGCAAUGCAUGAAGGAUUUAGACUAGAAGACUGGACACCUAUUCGGACUCCAGGAACUCCCGAAAGAGCAUUGGAUUUUGAUACAUCUGAUGAAUCCUGCUCUGAUCUACCUCGGCAUCCACCAAAAGCUCGGAGUCCGGGGAAAAGGGCAAAAGAAGCCAGCGGAAAGAAAUUUGGAAGCCCAGGCGCUGACAGCGACCUCACAGCAAAGCAGGCAAGUGAAAAACAAAGUCCAGGGAAAACGAUAGAGACCUCUAAAGAUCAUGAAGAAAUAAGAGGAAGCCCACCCAAGCAAUUGCGUCAAAGUCCAGGGAAGACAGAAACAAAGCAGCCAAGUCCAGUUCGCGAAACUGUCCCCAGCAGAACCGAAAUCUCUCGAAUGCAUUCCCAGGAAGUGCACUUGCGCCACCCUCCUGCCGGCGUCCACACAUCGGGAAGUGAUCCGAAGAAAAGGCUUAGCGAAAUAUCCAUCGGCUCCACACCUGAAGUUACAGAUGUUCAAAAGCGACACUCCGCUGAAAUCCUCACACGGAAUGUAGAGAGUCAGGACCACCUGAAGCCCAAAGGACCUGUAACAGGCUACCUAAGGGCAGGCAGUCAGAGUCCCACCUCAAGAGAGAGACCUCUACAGCUGCCAGAAAACAAGCUCCUCACUAUCGCUCCCCUGAAGGAUGCGAGGAAGAGUGCAGAGUCCUUGAGAUCGCUGAGUCCAGGGUCUGACAACGUGUUUCUAAGUGGCAGCAGAGAACAACUAGAAGAAGACUCCAGGGGGAGCCUGUGUGUGCAGUGCGGAGAGAGACCAGCGUCCAGGGAGGGUACCCUCAGACCCUCGCCUCCUGCAGGACACACGAUCACUGUGGAGCGCAGACUGUCUGACAGGGAGCCUUCUCGAGUCAGAGGAGUCAGUCAUCGUGCCAAGUCCGAAGAGAGGAACUCGUUCUCGAGGGACUGGGGGGUCACGCCCAUCAGCCUGGAAGUGGGAGACGCGCCCAGACACGACAGCGACGACGACGAGAUGGGCGUGUACAUGGACGCCUACAGAGCCUUCUCGUGGGUGUACGUCGCGCCCCAUGAGGAAGCCAAGGUCUGGCAGCGCGACGAAGGACGGCCAACAUCCGGGUCUCCAGACCUGAGGAUCCCGGGCUUCGAGGGCGCCGCCGACCCGCCGCUCAAGCAGGAGGACGAGACCCAGGCCGAGAGCGAGGCGACGGAAGCAGUGGAGGAAAGGGGGCGCCGCGGAUCGACCGAGUCCACCGCCAGCGAGCAGGAGUUCCGGCGGAAGUACCAGGCCAUCACCCACCGCAUGGUGCACCGGAAGGCGUCGGUGGAGAUGUACAAGCGCCUCAUCCAGGCCGCCUUCCAUGGUUGGCUGCCUUAGAAUACUCAAUAGACAGAUGGAUCAAGGUGGGCUGACGCCUUUGUCCUAGCUGAAGGAAGGAGGUCCCACAGUCAACGGGGAAGCGGUGACGAGGACUGCCUUAGGAGAAAAGCUCUCACUGGAAGACAUGAAACAAGAAAAGGAAAGAGAGAGUCAGAGAAGGAGAAAAGAGAGAUAGACGGCAACACGAAUAGAUAAAACUGAAAUACAGCUGAGUGAUGGACAGAGGCUCUUGCCAUGUUGGUUCAGCCAUUCACAGGAGAUACUUGUUGUCUGGUAAUCCACUGUGGCCAGGGUUUAGUGAGGAAAAUGAGGAAAGCGGUCAUACUUCGCAGCUUAUACUGCAAAGUGAGAGGUUUUCAAGUCUAAGGUGAUGGUGUGGUUUUACAUGUUGGCUGUGGUCCAGUUGAUGUGGUUUUGAGUCUUAUAUAAGACAUAAAAAAGUCAAAAUGUGAGGCCAGACUGAUCCAUGAUAUAAGGGUUGUACUUUUUUAUUAUUAUUAUUAUCCUUUUUUUAUUAAGGUCAUUGUGGGCCACUUCAUAAUUCCUUGGCCAUUCUCGAGGGCCAACCAUAGUUGUGUUUCCUCUUCCGGCCACCAGUCAUUAUUGCAACCCAGAUGUGUGAAGCAGUACAUAAUAUUUAUGACAGGUUCUAAGACUGGAGAUCUAUUUUGUAAAGAGAGAGAGAGAGAGAGAGAGAAGAGGAGAGAGAGAGAGAGAGAGAGAGAGAGAGAGAGAAUUUUUUCCACAUUUUUGCCUAGAUAAAGAGAGGGAACAUGCUACCAAACUCCUCUUGCCAUUUCGUUAAGAACCUUUUGUGUGAUCACAGGUGUGCAGGUUGUGGCAGGCAAGCACUGCACAUACCAGACCCCAUUUUAUGUUUUAUUUAAGACACAAACAGACAGUGCAGAAGCUUGGAGAAGUCAGAAACUGGAGGAUCUCUAUUUUUUUUCUUAUCUUCAUUUUAUCUAUUUCCCCCAUAAGACAGAUACUGUUUGGAUAUAUAUGUAUAGACAAAAAACUUGUUGUUUAAGUUUAGUCAUGUAUUUUAGUUAUAGAUGGGCAACUAUAGGUUAGUAUCGAUGGUUAUUUGUGACAAAAAUGUAACAAGGAAAUCAACUUAGAUUAAAAAAAAGAAAAAAGAAAGAAAAAAAUGGUUAUAUUAGCAAUAUUUUAGGCGGAGCAAGAUGUAGUCUUUUGUGUGUGUUUGCAGGCAACACAAACAUUUAAAUAAUUGUGUUAUUUUUUCUCAAGGUAGAUUUGUCUUUGGAGAUUAUGUGAAUCCCAUUUCUCUUCAUUGUUGAACAACCAGUUUAAGAAAAAAUGGAAAAAGAGGGGAAAAAGGCAAUCAAAUAUACACUUUAGGAGGUGGAGCAUCACUUGACAACUUCUACAAAUGCAUAUGCACAUGCCCAUAUGCUCACAUAUGCGCACAUACCCACACAUCCACACAGCCAAACACCCAAAAACACACACACACACACACACACAAAUAUGUUUGUGUGUUAAAGCCUUAGUGACAAGUGACAAGCAUCCCAAAAUUCAUUUAACAAAGCCUGUAAUUUGGUCAUUCUAGUCAACGGACAUAAACACUCAAUGAGUCUUUGCACUUCCUUCCAUCCAUACAACACUGAAGCCUCAGAGCCUGUGUGACUGGAUGCUUCCCAGAUUCCACAGCUCACUUGCUUCACUUCUCCCCUUGGUUGAAGCUGAAACACUUCUGCGUGGUUUGUCCAAGUUAACUUCAUUGAUAAUUUUAUUUUUGCACAAACCUUUGUCACCUCAUCAGGAGGUCACUGAUGCAUGACAGCUAUGCACUAUCCCAUGACAAGGGUUCAUUUUAAUGAGAUUGAAUGCUCUUAUGCAUUAAAGAUUAUUUUAUACUUGUUACAUAUGUAAACUUGAGCCUUGUUAAUUCUGCAUGAGAUGCAUGCAGCAUCCCCCUCCCCUUAAGAUAAUAAAGUAUAUUAAAAAGAGAAAGAAAAGCAUAUAUAAUAAUAUGUAACUUAUUUCGCAUGUUAUGUUUGAUUUGCGUCGACAGCAAGCUAUUUUUAUAUAAUUUUUUGUCAAUUAGGUUACAAGCUAAGCUGUUAUCUUGGUUCUUUUCCAAACUGUUUGUGAAAUAUUUUGUCCAAAAAAAAAAUGGCAAUUAAUGUUACAGGAAGUUAUUUUUUAAAAUGUUAUGAAUUAUGUGUCAGUAGAAUCUUAAAUGUUUAUUCAUAUUUCACUCAAAGCUCAUAGUUUAGUAAAGCAAUACAGUUUCAAUACAGUCACUUACAAAAUAAAAUAAAAUAAUACUAGUCAACUCAGUUUAUUCAAACAGUUUUCUCUUUAAAAAAAACAUGUUUUUGUAAGCUGUGAAGUUUAUGUUUAUUUAUUUAAUUUUGGAAUAUAAAAUGAAGAGAAUAACUGUAGUUCAUAAGGUUAUCCCUAGUAAAGUAUCUAGUCUAUUUAUUAUUGUUUAAGUUCUCUCACUUGUGUGUGGGAAGCUGAAUGUUCACUGUACAAGCGGAAAGAAAUUAUUCCUCGAUCA